CGUUCGAGGCUCCACUCACUUUAAUCGGAAGUAACUCACAAAAAAGCAAAAAAACUCACACAAAAGGGCAGUAUGUAAUCAUACCAGAUGGACAUUGUUUUUCCCAAACAUCCAGACUUUCAAGCCGUAAUUCAGAUUCAGCCAAGCCCCAAAACCAAUAAACAAUUCCGGCAAUUAAGCAACGAGAAUGGUUAAUGUUAAAUUAACAUAUUGCCGGAUCCAGAAGCUCACCGAUUUAUAUCCACACGCAGUUUCGAUGACAAAUUCGUUGGUUUUUCGAGUUGGCGGCGGCGCUAAACAGCAAAAAAUAAGCAAGCGGAAAGUUCAUAUAAAUUAAAAGUCGCGACCGCGUUUUAAAACGCCUCAAUCGCUGCGGCACUGCGUCGGUGUCCGGGCUCCCAGCGCGGUCAAACACACGUAUAUUCGGACAAAAGACCGCCCGCCACAUACAAUAGCAAACAAAUGGAAUAAUAGAAGUGACAAGAGCGACGGUGACGAAAGCAUUUGGCGAUAAUGGAACGAUAAAAGCGCCAAACUCAUGCCUUUUCCACUGCUGCAAUGAUAUUUCCCCUCAGUCUGGCCAAAGUCAGUAGUACACAAAGACAGUCGCGUGCGCCCUCGGAAAAGUCUAGUGCCAGAGCCCCAAUAUCGUCAGCAUAGUAUCCCUGUCCCUACACUCGGAGAAACCAGCGCCAUUGGUGAGUGGGGCAGAAACCCGUUCACCACACGUUCACCACCCGCUCUGCAGACCAGCCAGUUUCGCGGCCCACUCGAAAGCCCCAAAAGCAACAAAGUCAAAGCCAAGCGCGACCUCCACGAGUUAGUCUUCGAUCUGCCUCGAGACCAACGCGACUGCCAGAAACCCAAUCCGAAGCCGGAGCUAGCCCAAAGUGGAGAUUCGUAGACUCGGAGAACCGGAGACCGGAGAAUCGGAGAAUCGGAGAUCCGAUCCCCUGAGAAGCUCUACGCCUAUAAAGCCCGGCCACCAAAAUGCCGCACUCGCAUUUCACCAGAAGGCAUUGUCUCGCGAUGACGGGCGGACUAAUUGCAUCGGCGGUCAUUAUCUGGUGCGUCGCUCACUCGGCGGUCGAGUCGACGGCCAAGCUCUACGAUCCCGCCGCAGAUAAGUCCACGCUCGAGCUGCUGCACGUGGUAUUCCGACAUGGACCACGAACGCCGGCGGAUACGUAUCCCAGGGAUCCCUAUGUAAAUGAGACCUACUAUCCCUUUGGCUGGGGACAAAUAACAAAUAAUGGCAAACGCGAGCUGUUCAACAUUGGUACUUGGCUGCGUAAGCGUUAUGGCAAAUUUCUGGCGCCCAACUACAGUCCCGAUUCGGUCUACGCCCAGGCGACGGGGGUUCCGCGGACCCACAUGACCAUGCAGACCGUUCUGGCCGCCUUCUUCCCGCCGAAGGGCACCGACAUGGAGUGGAAUAGCCGCUUUAAUUGGCAGCCCAUACCUGUCUUCUCCCAGGAACUCAAUGAGGACACGCUUCUACUGGUGCGGAAGCCUUGCCCGCGAUACUUCGAGGCCCUUAACGAGGUCCACGAGUUGCCCGAGGUGAAAGCGGAAAUCGAACCCUACCUGGAGAUGUUCAAGGAGCUGGAAGAGCACACGGGUCUGAGCUUUAAGGAACCCGAGGACGUGCAGUCCCUGUACUUGACGCUGCUCGCAGAACAGGAGUGGGGUCUGGAGUUGCCGGAGUGGACGCACUCCUACUUCCCGGAGAAGCUGCAGUUCCUCGCCGAACAGAGCUACAUUUACAACGUGUACACGCCCGAGAUGCAGAAGAUCAAGGGCGGACCCUUCCUCAAGAAAAUGCUGGAUGAGAUGCAGCAGAAGAAGAACGGCACCCUGAAGCCCAGUGGCAGGAAGCUCUUCAUGUACGCCGGUCACGACUCGACGGUGGUGAACAUUCUGUCCGCCCUGAAAAUCUGGGAACGCCAGUUGCCUCGCUACUCCUCGAUGAUCAUGUUUGAGCUGCACAAGAACAAGGAGAGCGGCGACUACUGGGUGGAGAUCUACUUCCGCAACGAUCCCAAGGGCCAGGCUCAGAAGCUCACCCUGCCAGGAUGCGAGUUCCAGUGCCCCCUGGACAAGCUGCUCGACUUCGCCAAGGACGUUGUUCCCACGGAGGCGGAUGACAAGCGCUGCGAGUCUCGAAAUGAAGCCUUCACAGAACCACCUCUCCGAGGGCCAUAAGCGCCGGAAAACAGUGGAUAGAAAUCGUUAUGGUGCUACACAUCUCAGGGAACGGACUGUCCAAAGGCCUAGAACAAGCCGUAAUACUUUAGUUAGGUCAGUAGUUUAGCAUAGGCCGAAUAAAAGUGCUCUUAACUUUUGUGUCA